AUGGCCUUGACCAGCGACCUCGACGCCGCAGAGCGCUCUUACAUCAACCGAUUACCCCACGUCGUCGGCGCCAAUCUCUACUCCAGUUGCAUUGGUAAUGACUUUUGGUACCGAGCAGUCAUGCGCGAGCUUCGGACGGAGCCCACCAUCAGAGAAGCUGUGCUGGCGAUAUGUGCUCUUGAUGUCUCCUUCGCCUCGCGUCCUCCUCGAGCAUCUCAUCCGCCGGAUGCUCCAUUCUCCUUGUUCGCAUCCCCGUCGACCUGGGGUCCUGAGGCGAACAAACACUACACCCGAGCACUGAUACACCAGGCCAAGGCUAUCGAGAACUUGCGACGUCGAUUGAGGCCGGCGGAGCGAGGCGUAGCUGGCCCACGCACCGUACUCGUCGCAAGUCUUCUGCUUGUGAUCUUCGAGCUGAUGUUGGGACUGGAGUCAGAUCACAUGGGCAUGAUCGCAACGGGGGCUCUUUCGGUGCUGACGGACCACAUAGUAUCCUUGAAGCCUGCCAAGAGCUCGCACACGACUUACGCAUGUCCGAACGACACAGCCACGCGCCGCUGUCUAUCACUUUCUCGCGAAGUGGAUGACGAUGGUUUCCGGGAGGCAGAGAUCGCAUUGACACGCGUAGCCGCCAGCUACCGCAAGACGCUGGAAAGGCGGUUUCCCGAAGCCAGACAGCGACUUUUUGGCUGGAUGGAUGUGGGAGUUCACGUUUUCAUCGUACCCAAGAUAGGUCCACCGAGCUUGGAGGCGCCGCCCGAGGUCUGCAUGUAA